AUGGAUUGGCUACUCUCGGAGAUCGCCAAGUCGGCCGAUGGCGAUGUGGUCGAGGCGGCACCGACGAGGAAACUCAUCGAAUUCGUGAUCGGGACGGGCUACAAGGACGAGCCCGAACUGGACGAAGACGGCACGAUGCGCACCACGGCAGUGCAUCGAGCCAUCGAACACGGCGGAUCGUUGAUCGGCGAACUCUUCGCGAUAUACGACAGAUUCGAGGCGAACUACCUCGACGAGGAUCCCAACUACCUCACUGACACGCCGCUGCACUGGGCCAUGCGCGCCAAAAACGAGAAGGUGGUCAAGUGGCUGCUGAGAAGAGGGGCUGAUCCGAGAUUGGUCAAUGACAAGGGACGGACACCUCUGCACGUCGCGAGCGCCGGACAAGACGACAACGUCGAAACCAUGGAGCAUUUUUUCAAGAUUGUAGAGGAAACAGGGCAAAGCUUGGAUAUCGACGCCAGGGAAAAGCUCGGUUGGACGCCGUUGCAUCUGGCCGCUUACUACAGCCAAGGAAAGAGAGCCGAGUCGCUGCUGAGUCGAGGCGCCUGUCCUAAUUCGGCUUGCAACGACGGAUCCACGGCUCUGCACGUUAUCUGUGACAGCGAGAAACUCGACAACUUCAUGGGGCUAUUCUUCAAGCACGUCGAGAGAGCGAAUCGACCGAUAGAGCUCGAUGCCCGGAGAAAGGAGGGCAACUCACCGCUGCUGCGGGAGCUGAAGAGACGCAGGAAGCGGACGGCCCUGGUGCUGCUGCGAGAAGGGGCCGAUCCGAGUCAGACCGACAAAAACGGAAGGACGCGGCUCUGCACUGGAUCACUGCGUCGCAGGGGCCGGAUCGACGCCCGCGACGAGUCGGUCGACACGGCCCUGCAUCUGGCUCUGGGCAACGGGAUAAAUCGGAAAGCUUCGUAUCUGCUGCUGAGAGGCGCCGAUCCGAGUUUGGCCACCGCGUACGGAUCGAAUCCGCUGCACUUGAUCAGCCAGUGCAGCCUAGUUGAGGAUUACAUGGUGAACGAAUUUUUCAAGAUCGCCGAGGACCUGAAUGAAACGGUGCCGAUCGACGCCCUGGAUAAGAUGGGUAACGCGCCGUUACACCUAGCUCCGACGCACGAGCGCGAGGACGCGAUGGAGUUCCUGCUGAGACACGCGGCUGAUCAAGAUUUGACCAAUGCGGAAGGUCUGACGCCGCUGCACGUCGUUUGCCAGGGGAGUCUCGACGAGGUGCGGUUUUUGGAUCGAUUUUUUGAGAUCGCCGAAGAGGAAAACGAAAAGAAAAAGGCCGAAUGGCUGCUGAGGAGAGGCGCAGAUCCAAACGCAGUCAACGAGGAGGGAUCGACGUCUCUGCACCACAUUACAUCGCGAAAAAUAGACGACGACUUAAUGGAGUGGUUUUUAGUGAUCUGCGAUGAUAUCCAGCGGACGGUGCCGAUCGACACCAAGGACAAGUCGGGCAAUACGCCGUUGCACUUGGCUCUGGAAGCAGACGGCAAGAAGAUGGCCCGGUAUCUACUGGAGAGGGGGGCCGAUUAG